AUGGGUGCCCUGAAGGGUGGCCAGGUGCACAGACCUGGACAGUGGGCCAAGAGAGCCCCUGGUGAGACUGGGUGCGGGUGUCCCCUGCAGACGGAGCGCCUGUCAGCUGAGCAGAUCAAGGAAUACAAGGGGGUCUUUGAGAUGUUUGAUGAGGAGGGCAACGGGGAGGUGAAGACCGGAGAGCUGGAGCGGCUCAUGAGCCUGUUGGGCAUCAACCCCACCAAGAGCGAACUGGCCUCCAUGGCCAAGGACGUGGACAGAGACAACAAAGGCUUCUUCAACUGUGAUGGUUUCUUGGCGCUGAUGGGGAUUUACCAUGAGAAGGCCCAGAACCAGGAGGGAGAGCUGAGGGCAGCGUUCCGGGUCUUCGACAAGGAGAGCAAGGGCUACAUCGACUGGAACACACUCAAGUACGUGCUCAUGAACGCAGGUGAGCCCCUCAAUGAGGUGGAGGCCGAGCAGAUGAUGAAGGAGGCAGACAAGGACGGAGACGGAACCAUCGACUAUGAGGAGUUCGUGGCCAUGAUGACCGGAGAGUCCUUCAAGCUGGUUCAGUAAGAGCAGCUGCUGUGGCUAUAGGAGGCCUGCCACUGCCUGC